UGUUGUUAAAGUAGCUGAUACACAAUCUUUAACCAAUACCAAUCAGAUCGAAGAAUUUAUAUACAAAAUAAAAAGUCGAAUGGAACCAUACAUUGCUGAUACAAAUAUUUUAGACGAUAUACUUAAUGUAUUACGAGAACAACUCAAUUACCUCCAUUCUGAAAUUCAAUGUCAUUCGAAGAUGAUAUUAGAAUUUCAAGAGAGCAAUCGAAUGCUUCUAAAUGAAAAGUAUUUGAAUGCAGCAAGGUUUAAAUUGAAUUGCAGUAGGUUUAAAAGCAUUAAAUAUUCGAGAAAAAAUUCUACCAGGUAAUCGUCCACAUAUAGCUGAUAGUUGUAAUAAUGUUGCACUUAUUUGUCAUCAAUUAUGUGAAUAUGAAAAAGCAUUAAGUUUAUUUAAAAUAUCUUUACAAAUUUAUGAGAAUGAUGAUGAUCAAAAAUUAAGGAUACCGAUGUGUUUAAAUAAUAUGGGACUUUUAUAUUUAGAUCAACAUGAUUAUGAUAAAUCUAUUGAAUAUUAUUUUAAAGCAUUAGAUUUAUAUAUAAAUGAAGAUGAUUUGAAAAAAUAUCAUGAAGAAAUUGGUUUUACAUAUAAUAAUUUAGGUAAUCAUGAACAAGAUCCGGAAAAAUUUAUUACAAUAUCAACAAAAAUUGGAAAUAUUUAUCAUCAAAAAGGUGAUUAUGAUUUAGCAUUAGAACAUUAUCAAAAAGCAUUAAAUUAUAGUGAUAAUAGUCCACCUGAUCUUUUAUCAUCUGUUCUUAUGUCUGUAGGAAUUAUUUAUCAUCGACAACAUAAAUAUAAUUUAGCACUUGAUAUGUAUAAACGUGGAAAUCCAGAUGAAAUGGAACAAGCAUUACGAAAUUAUAAAUCAUCACUUCGUAUUCGACAAAAAUCCUUACCAAGAGUGGAACUCAUCGAUUAUGUAUGCUGA